AUGAGUAUUAAAAACUUAUCUUAGCUAAAUUAUGAAAUAUUUAUGGAUUGGGGUAGCUAACCUUCAAGGGCUGUCAUGACUGUUGUAUAUUUUCUCAAAAUACCUCAUAAAAUUAACGAAGUCAGAAUUUUAAAAAAGUAGAAUGUUAGUGAAUAAUAUAAAAAAAUAAAUCCUGAUCAAAAAAUUCCUUGCAUCAUUGAUAACGAAAACUUUUUUUUGAAUGAAUCUCAUUCAAUUAUGAGAUAUUUCUGCUAACUAUAUGGUGAUAAUUAGCUUUACCCUGAUGAUAAUUUAAAAAAGAGAGCCUUAAUUGAUAGCUAUCUAGACUGGCAUCACUCAAACACUCGCAAGAUGCAUAGAAUGCUCUUUAAAAAGCUUUUUGAACCACAACUUGGCAUUUAAACUUCUAUUAAUAUUGAAGAAUUAGAAUCAGAUGUGUAAAAAGCUCUAGCUUUUAUUGAAAAUAACUAUUUGAACCAUAAAAAUAAAUUCUUCUUUGGAUUUGAUAACUAUACUUUAGCUGAUAUCAGCGCAUAUUGUGAACUUUAUUAAUCAAAAGUAGUUAAUUACAGCUUUUAACCAUACCCUAACAUUUUAGAAUGGAUGUCAAAAAUGUAACAAAUAAAUGAAAUAAAAUAAACUCAUAAAGUGUAUGAUGAACUGUUAAAUAAAAGAAUCUAAAAGUAAUCAUCGAAAUUGUGA